UCAAAGCAUUUAUUGUAGAAUGGAGACAAAUGAAAAUAACUGUGUUCUACUAUGAUAAAUUACAGAGAGAAUCAACGGGUCCGGGAAAUUAUUUGACACUAUGUGACAGUGAGAGAGAGGAGGACCUGCACAGUGGGGGUAAGGGUCGUAGAGCCAGAGAAAGGGCAUAGAAGGAAAACCAAGGCAGAAACGAGAGGAUCAGGCAAGUACCCAACGCCAGUCUGCAUUUAAACCCUGGUACUGUCUCUACAGCAUCUAUGCAGCUGCCCCAAAAGGUCUGGAACAAUCAUUGUAGCAUUUAUACAUCACUUUAAGAGUCUGCAAAACAUUUGGAACUAUGCUCAAAAAGUUAUCAAACUGUGCAUACCCUGUGCUACUACUGGGCUUAUACCCCAAAGAGAUACUAAAGAAGGGAAAGAGACCUGUAUGUGCCAAAAUGUUUGUGGCAGCCCUGUUUGUAGUGGCCAGAAACUGGAAACUGAGUGGAUGCCCAUCAAUUGGAGAAUGGCUGGGUAAAUUGUGGUAUAUGAAUGUUAUGGAAUAUUAUUGUUCUGUAAGAAAUGACCAGCAGGAUGAAUACAGAGAGGCUUGGAGAGACUUACAUGAACUGAAGCUGAGUGAAAUGAGCAGGACCAAGAGGUCAUUAUAUACUUCAACAACAAUACUAUAUGAUGAUUGAUUCUGAUGGACCUGGCCUUUCUCAGCAAUGAGAUGAACCAAAUCAGUUCCAACAGAGCAGUAAUGAACUGAACCAGCUACACCCAGUGAAAGAACUCUGGGAGAUGACUAUGAACCACUACAUAGAAUUCCCAAUCCCUCUGUUUUUGUCCACCUUCAUUUUUUAUUUCCUUCAAUUGUACACUAUUUCAAAGUCCCACUCUUUUUAUACAGCAAAAUAACUAUAUGGAUAUGUAUACAUAUAUUGUAUUUAACUUAUACUUUAACAUAUUUAACAUAUAUUGGUCAACCUGCCAUCUGAAGGAAGGGGGUGGGGAAGGAGGGAAAAAGUUGGAACAAAAGGAUUUGCAACUAUCAAUGCUGAAAAACUACCUAUGUAUAUAUUUGUAAGUAAAAAGCUAUUUUUUAAAAAAAAAAGUUUGCAAAACGCUUUACAAUUUUUUGUUGUUUUCCGUGUUGUCUCUUUUGACCCUCACAACCCCGUGAGGAAGGUGCCAUUCUUAUUCCCAUUUUAUAGAUGAGAAAACUGAGGCGGAGAUUUAAGUCAGAUUAAGUCUCGGCUAAGUAGCAGAGACAGAAUUUGAACUCGGGUUGCUCCACCUCGCUACUGGGCGAGCAAGUAGGAUUUCUAUAAAGAAUCCUUUUCCCAUAUACAUGGGCGGCUCGUGAUGCUUCUCUAUACAGUCUCUCGCCCCGCUUGUUCGCGGGCCUCCAUCAAACAUAAAGAAGCCUGGGGACCCUUCGUGGGAAUUAAGUGGUAGUUUCAGGGUCUUUGUCUAAAAACCACCGAGUUCUGCAGCUUAGCCACAAAUAGGACGCACACAACUUCCGGGACGAAGGUGAGAUUUCCGGUUCCACUUCCGCCAUUAUCCCGUCAAACGCGAUCUGCUCUCUAGACCCAAUCACGCGGCCGGAAAGCCUCGGCGGGCGCGGGUGUCGUGACGUCAUACCAACGCGCCUAAUAUUCAACCGACCCGCGUUUCCUUUAGCUCUCGUGUUUUGGAGCGGCACAGCUCCUCACGUCCCGUCAUGUUUUCCGCUGCCUCUGCCUCCCCGCGGACCCCUGGGCCCGGGGUCCGCAGGGGUCCUCUGGGAGGUACCACUCCCGGCUCCACGCCCCGCACGGCGAGUAGGAAAGGCCUGGCGCUGGGGUCAGCCGUGGGCUCUCCCGGACUGUUCUCGCCGGUUAGCCGCCGGAGCUCCCUGAGCACGCGCGGAACACCCACAAGAAUGGUACAGCACCAGUCCAUCAGUGAGACUAUCAACUAUGAUGUCAAAACUUUUGGAUCUUCUCUUCCUGUUAAAGUUAUGGAAGCUCUAGCACUGGCUGAAGUUGAUGAUCGGUUGACUGUGCAGAUAGAUGAAAGUGGAUGGGCGUGGCUGGUCUUCAAAGAAAGACUCAUUAUUUGGAGGAUUGGUCAGUCACCAGUUGCUAAGUUAUCAGUUUGCAAAGAACUUCAGCUACCACCCAGUGAUUUUCAGUGGUGUGCUGAUUUGGUAGCCCUCUCCCACCCUGCAACCUAUAAAGUCCAUUCUAUUCAGUCUGUGGCUGUAAUGGCUGCCACUAGAGAAGGAUCUGUUCGAUACUGGCCCAGCCUUGCACAUGAAGACAGCUACGUAGACACUUCGGUUGACUUUGGAAGUACAGACAAGAUGUGGAGUUUUUUAACAGCCGUACAGGGUGGAACCUUUAUUUUGGCCUCUUCAAGGACCCAGCUAAUUCGAUUGAUACCUGAGAAUUUGAACAAGAUUCAUCAACAUGUCCUUCCACAGGGUCAAGGCAUGCUUUCAGGAAUUGGUCGAAGAGUUUCUUCUCUUUUAGGAAUUUUGUCUCCCAGCAGUGACCACACACUUUCCAGUGUCCUCUGGGACAAAGAGAAGGCAAGUUAUUACACCCUUACAAGUUCAACACUAAGUAAAUGGGAAAUAGACAGUACUUCUGAAAGACAAGGCCAAAGUUGGGACAUAAAUAAAGCCCUUAAGGAAAACAUCACAGAUGCAAUUUGGGGGUCAGAAAGUAAUUAUGAAGAAAUUAAAGGGGGUGUCAAUGUGGAAUAUUUGGAUUUGCAGCAGAACUGUGAUGGCCUUGUGAUUUUAGCAUCAGCAUGGCAUCCAGGAGAUAGUCCAUGUCUUGCAUAUUAUUCUUUAAUAACAGUAGAAGAUAAUGGCUACCAACUCUCUGGGGAAGUUACUGUAGAAGUUACUCAGUAUAAUCCACCUUUUCAGGCUGAAGAACUAAUGAUGUCCCGAUUGUUAGUUCCUGAUUUUGCAAACCAGGCUGCUUAUCUCUAUGGUGAAAAUGCUGUCUUUGCCUGUUGUACAGGAACUGGAAGAUGUUCUUUGCCUCAGGAGAAAAUUAUCUUCAGUGCUCAUGGAGAUUGUAUUUUAGGAGCUGGUUCUUGUGCUGGUCUUCCAGUUUUUUUCUCUAGGAACAGUGGAUUAGUGGCACUUGUUUCUAGGGAAAAUGUGUCAGUAUUACCUGAGGACUUGGAAGAUUCCUUGGCAUCUUCAGUUGCUGGGCCAAACAAUGAGAGUCCAGUUUUUGAAAACACUACCAAACUGGAUAUCAUAGCACAAGAAGACAAGACAAGGUUGCUAAAAGCCGCUUUUCUCCAGUAUUGCAGAAAAGAUCUAGUUCAUGCCCAAAUUAUGGUUGAUGAACUGUUCUCAUCUCAUUCUGAUUCGGAUUCUGACAUUCAGCUAGAUAGAGCUGUCACCCAAAUCAGUGUUGACUUGGUGGAUGACUAUCCGGCUUCUGAUCCACGAUGGGCUGAAUCUGUCCCUGAAGAAGCACCAGGAUUCAGUAAUACAUCACUUAUUAUUCUUCAUCAAUUAGAAGACAAGAUGAAAGCCCAUUGUUUCCUUAUGGAUUUUAUUCAUCAAGUUGGCUUAUUUGACCGUCUGGGCACUUUUCCAGUAAGAGGGAUGCCGAUGGCAACAAGGUUGUUGCUCUGUGAACAUGCUGAAAAGUUGUCAGCUGCCAUUGUUCUCAAAAAUCAUCAUUCUAGACUUUCUGAUCUGGUGAAUACUGCUAUCUUAAAUGCUUUAAACAAAAGAGAUUGUGAUGUUCCACCAAGUCUUACUCCUGCAGAUGUCUUUUUUAGAGAGGUAUCGCAGAUAGACACCAUAUUUGAGUGUUUAUUGGAACAGGAAGAACAAAUUUUAAAAGAUACACCAAUGGAAUCUGUUGAAUGGGCUCAGGUGGUGGUCAAUGUGAACAACAUCCUGAAGGAUAUGCUACAAGCAGCCAGUCAAUAUCGUCAAAGCAGAAAUGCUGUAUAUAGAAUGGAAGAACUCCCAGAAAAAGAACCUGAAUAUAUUCCUUGGACAGCAACCAGUGGCCCUGCUGGCAUACGAACUGCAAUAGUGCGACAACAUGGCAUUGUUCUGAAGAUGGUUUAUCCUCAAGUAGAUACCAAUCUGAGAAACAUCCUGACUGAGCAGCUUGUAGCACUGAUUGACUCCUACCUAGAUAGUUAUGUUUCUCAGCUUAAAUCUGUGGACAAACCCAGUGAUCAAGAAAGAUACAACAAUCUGGAAAUGGAGUACAUUCAGAAAAGAGCAGAUAUGUUGUCUCCUCUUCUUUCUCUUGGACAGCACCAGUGGGCUGCUUCUUUAGCUGAGAAAUAUUGUGACUUUGAUAUCUUGGUUCAGAUGUGUGAGCAGACUGAUAACCAGACUAGAUUGCAACGUUAUAUGACUCAGUUUGCUGAUCAGAAUUUUUCAGAUUUCCUCUUCCGUUGGUAUUUGGAGAAGGGAAAGCGUGGCAAACUAUUAUCACAACCAAUUUCUCAGCAUGGACAGCUAACAAAUUUUUUGCAGGCCCAUGAACACCUUUGCUGGUUACAUGAAAUCAAUAGCCAGGACUUUGAAAAGGCUCAUACAACACUUCUGGGCUUGGCAAAUAUGGAAAAUCGUUACUUUGCAAAAAAGAAAACCCUGCUUGGACUGAGUAAAUUAGCUGCCUUAGCUUCAGAUUUUUCAGAAGGUUUAAUACAAGAAAAAAUUGAAGAAAUGUCUGAGCAAGAACACUUUCUAUUACAUCAGGAGACCCUACCUGAACAGCUGUUAGCUGAAAAACAGUUUAAUCUCAAUACAAUGCCAGUACUGACUGCACCACAACUGAUCAAUCUGUACAUAUGUGAGGAAAACAGAAGAGCCAACGAAUAUGACUUCAAGAAAGCACUAGAUUUGCUAGAAUACAUUGAUGAGGAGGAAGAUGCAAACAUAAAUGAUCUCAAACUUGAAAUCCUUUGCAAAGCUCUUCAAAGAGACAAUUGGUCCAGUUCAGAUGGUAAAGAUGAUCCAAUUGAAGUGUCUAAAGAUAGUAUAUUUGUGAAAAUCUUAGAAAAACUUUUAAAAGACGGUGUUCAGCUUAGUGAAUAUUUACCAGAAGUGAAAGACUUAUUACAAGCAGAAGAACUUGGAAGCUUAAAGAAUAAUCCUUAUUUUGAAUUUGUUUUGAAAGCAAAUUAUGAACAUUAUGUCCAGGGGCAGAUGUGAUUUCUUUUCAGAAAUAUUAAAUGUUUUCAGCGAAUUGUAUUGUAAAAGUUUGGAGCUUUUUGAUCUUUGUUGUAUUGAAAAUGUUUAAAAGUUUAUGACUAAAUAGUUUGAGUUUGUUAUUGUUGUUUUUGUUUUUUGGUUACUGUAUUUGGAAACUGAAUAAAAUCUUUAUGCCUUUAUAGAA